AUGGUAUUAAUGAAAUCUUGGCAACUGAUUAUCAAAAGCAUCAACAUACCAGCUAUUGUAAAAGUUAACGAUACCGAUUACAUUAUCCUUGAUUGCGAUUACGACCUUGAGAACACAUCGAGCAAGGGUCUCGUCGUCAAAUGGUUUUUUAACACCAACCAAGUGGUCUAUCAAUGGAUUUACGGCAGACAUCCUCUAGCGGACGAACCUGUUGCAAAAUACAUCGAUCUAACUUAUAAAGCCAGCAAUGAUCCAUACACCGAGUACCGAGCCAUAAAGUUGAAUAAGCCGGGUAUCGAUCUUACCGGCGAAUAUACAUGCGUUAUAUCUACCUUUGCAGAUGAACGAACGGCAAAUGCGUCUAUGAUAGUAUAUU